CCCUAAUAAAUAAUUUCAGUAAAUAGUUUAAGGCCAUCCCAUUUCCGGAAAUCUCGAAGCUGGACCGUCUGUACGCAUGGACCUUCGCUGCUUGUGAGAAUUGAAACUUGACAGUCUGAUAGUGUCAGGCGGCAUGUGAGUGACUGAGUGUACCAAAACCAUCAGAUCAGGAGAAUUCUCGGGUCUUUAAGGUGCAGAAGUUUAGUCUAGCAUUAACUAAUCGAUCAGGUUAUCCGAUCGGGAAGGAAGCUGCAAAACUGCGCAAGAAGAUAGAUGUGGUGAAAGGGUUUUCAAGUAUAAGGAUGCCAAGUUCGCCGCCGAGGAUUUCAAGAUUGACUAUUCCAGUUUAUCAGAUUUCGUGGUCUGCCCUGUAGUAUCCGGAUAGUUUUUUUGGUCCCUCAGAAUACUCGUUGAUCUUUCAUUUUCGAUGGACUGGAGAUUAUAACUCCAACACCGCCUGGUGAUUGAAGUAGCCUGUCACUGGAGGAGCUCUGCUUAUCCGAAUCCAAUCUUUGGGGGUGGAGAAUACUUGUCACUCAAUAGUAAAUCGUAAUAAGGUUUGGGAACGAGUAUAGCAUGAGUGCGGUUCUGGCGACGUCGAGGUCGGAAUUGGAGUUGGAUCGACCCAAUCUGGAAGACUAUCUCCCCACUGGGUCUAUCCAUGAGCCUCUCGGCAAGCUUUGCCUUCGAGAUUUACUGGACAUUUCGCCUACUUUGACUGAGGCCGCUGGUGCUAUAGUUGAUGAUUCUUUUACCAGAUGCUUCAAGUCUAAUCCUCCCGAACCUUGGAACUGGAAUAUCUAUUUAUUUCCUCUGUGGUGUUUGGGUGUUGUAGUCAGAUAUGGACUUCUUUUCCCAAUAAGGGCAAUUGUUUUGACAAUAGGAUGGAUAAUAUUCGUGUCGUGCUAUAUCCCUGUGCAUUUUCUUCUCAAGGGCCAUGAUAGGCUACAGAAAAAAUUGGAGCGAGUUCUGGUAGAGUUGAUAUGCAGCUUCUUUGUAGCUUCAUGGACUGGUGUUGUCAAAUACCAUGGUCCACGGCCUAGCAUUCGUCCUAAACAGGUUUUCGUGGCAAAUCACACAUCUAUGAUUGAUUUCAUCAUUUUAGAACAGAUGACUGCCUUUGCUGUCAUCAUGCAGAAACAUCCUGGAUGGGUCGGAUUUUUGCAGAGCACAAUUCUAGAAGGUGUAGGAUGUAUUUGGUUUAAUCGUUCAGAGGCUAAAGAUCGUGAAAUUGUUGCUAGGAAGCUUAGGGAACACGUUGAAGGGGUUGAUAAUAAUCCCCUUCUUAUAUUCCCAGAAGGAACUUGUGUGAAUAAUCACUACACUGUCAUGUUCAAGAAGGGUGCAUUUGAGCUAGGCUGCACAGUUUGCCCGGUCGCAAUAAAGUACAACAAAAUCUUUGUUGAUGCCUUCUGGAAUAGUAAAAAGCAAUCUUUCACUACACACCUGCUGCAAUUGAUGACCUCAUGGACUGUUGUAUGCGAUGUUUGGUACUUGGAGCCUCAAAAUCUAAGGCCCGGUGAGACGCCAAUUGAGUUCGCAGAGAGGGUGAGGGACGUCAUAUCUAUUAGAGCAGGUGUUAAGAAGGUUCCUUGGGAUGGAUAUUUAAAGUAUUCUCGCCCCAACCCAAAGCACCGAGAGCGGAAGCAACAGAGUUUUGCAGAUUCAAUUCUCUGCCGCUUGGAAGAGAAGUAGAUGUUUUCUGGCCUGUUGGGGGGAGUGUUGGAACAGAUGAAAUAUUUAUUCAUGUUAAAAUAAUGAGGAUAAAUGGGGGAUGCACAAAUUCCAUUGUUAUUUUGGGAAUAAAUAUCUUGCUUCGUUAACCAUUGAGCAAAUACAUGAUAAAUAGUUAACAUAAAUAUCUUGUGUUUUAGUUUUUUGGUCAGAAUACACAUUGUGCACUCUUAUAAAGAAGUAAAAGAUAACACCUUCAGCGCCAGCCACCAGGAUUGAUGGGUUUUUUACGUUGAAGUUCAAAUGUUCUCGAGAAUAUUGUCAUUCUGAGCUAGUUUGGCAACUUUAUGUUUGUUAUGGACUUAUGGUAUAAUUUGAAAUACAUAGCCAAUGGUACAUAGUUUGAAAUACACUCGCUGGCUCACCCAGGAUUCAGGAACCACAUUGGGAAGUUCACUAUCUUUCUAAAAUGCCUACCACUUCUUUCAGUUCUACUAAUUGAUAAUA